CUGAUGGUGAUGGCUACAGGUGUUUUUGGUGAGCCACGAUUGCUUCAUUCGAAAGGUUUCAUCCAGUUGUGCUUGGAUAAGAAUGGCACUGAUAACACCGGGUCAUUUCUGUCAACGGGUACAGAUGGUGAAGUAUGGUUUUGGACAGGUGAUGAGUUGAAUGAAGCCGAAUAUGAUCCGAAAAAUAUCCGCGAACGAACGCAUUGUGCAGUUGCAUGGCAUGUAAGGAGGCUUUUCGCAUAUGCCCAGUCCUGUUCUUAUCAUAUUUCUGAAGCAAUGAUUAUCAUUAUCACUUUUGGUUGGUCCAUGGUGAAUGUGGACUUGGAGGAUUUUGAAGAUUUAACAAGGGUAACAACAUCUACAUCGGCCAUACAAGUACCGAUAUUCGAACAGCUGUCCAGAAAGCAACAGUUUCCCGUUUUGAUAGGCAAACUUUCAAGACAUCGUGAUCAUGUCCUGAAAUUGAUAAAUUUGGAAACGGAGGAGAUGAUCCGGGAUGAACUGGAUGGACAAGUUAUGUGCGUUUCAUUCGAUCCCAGUGAUGAAUAUGUGGCUGUAACAUCGACCGAUGGAACAUUAUCUUUCUAUAAAAUCAUAGUUGGGAAGCACGAAAUUCUAAAACCAGUGGUGGUUGUUCGAAUCUGCUCUCGUAUACCUGAUUACGCGUAA